GUGGUUACAAUCGUAAUGAUGCACUUCCCUUUAAUCUCCAAGCUCACCUCACAACACAAAGGGGUUCAACAGAUAAAAUUGACGAGGGUUCAGAUUCAUCUUCAUCUGGUGGGCUCGUUUCAUGGAAAGAACUCAAGCCUGCGAUGUUUUUCAAAUGAAAACCAAACCUCCAGGAUGCCUGAUGUGGAGACAUUCAGUGCAUUCACCACGAUGUGAUGCAGAAGAGUAAAAAUAGAAACAAGGCCGGAUAUUUAAGAAGCUUCCCAACACACGCAAAUCUCAGGCUACUUGGUACACACAUUCAAAGACAGUAAGACAAUAUUUUCGUAUAGCUUGUUGUUUUCAGUAUCUUUCCCUUGCGUUUGAUGCAUUACUCGAGCAUGUAGGUCACAGGUGAGAGAAGUUUGUCUUAGCAUCCGAACACACGCCUAACGUAACCUUUCUACACACACAUACACACUCACACACAAAGACACAACAUGCACUGUGUGAGCAGAGGGGGUUGCUACCUUGUGAACUCCUACUGUGAUCUUCAGGAGGAAAACGAGUGGAAGAAAGAGAGCUACCAAGCAUGUUGGCUGAGCCUGGUGCUUGAAACAAGACCACAAUACAGGCUGACACUAUCAGAGACAGACAACCUUCGCAAAGAGAGUUACAAACAGGAACAGGUGGUCCACUUCAUGGUUGAGAGGAGUCCCAGCCAGAUACUGAGGCUGGGCAGCAACAUCAGAGCCACGACAGAGUACCAACUACCCAAAACCAGUUUUGAGAGCUUGCGACAACAAGGAAAGGGCCCCGUUAUACUCGGGAAGAGGAAUGACAGAGUGCAUGUGGAUAAAGUGAGAGUGACUGGCGUAACUCAGAACCUCACCAAGCCAGUCAGAAUGAACUUCAGACCUUCGAGUCUGAUGUCAUCGCCAAGGGAAACCUCUCAUCGGGUGCAGAGGAGAGAGUGAGGCAAGGAACUGGAAGUGUUUUAAAACUGCAGUUUGAAAAAUGUAAUGACACAGCAUUUGGUCUUGUGGUUUACAUAUUUGAAAAUUACAAUGUCCUUAUUAAGUCACUUACCUUUUACACAAAAAUCCUAAGAAUCUUCUAGAUAUCUUACCUGUUAAAUAACUCGGUAUUUUUAGACUGAAGAGACUUUGAAAAAAAAUAGUGUUGACAAAUGUUAGGAGAGCUUCACUGGAAAUUCUUUAACAUUAAACUACCAAGUUAUUACAUUACAAAAUUGUUGAAUAUUAUUGAAAAGACUUAAAAACACUAUAAUAUGUCUUAAGUGUAUUGCAUUGUAGAUAUGAACACAUUCUGGCACUGACACUUUAAGAUUGUUGUAAACUAUGUUCCAGGAGGAAAUGAUUUUGUCGUUGUCAGUCAUUUCCACACCUCACAAAGCUUCAAGAAACAAUGUCUCAACUUAAUUUUUCCUAGUUUUACAUGGCAGUUUAGCUAAAUAGUAAAAUUGUCCUGUUAAGAGAAAAUACAACAA